CAGCAUACAUAGGUACUAACUACGUAUACAUACAUGUACUAUGUAAUAAUAAUAAGAGCUGCCUGCCUGUCUGCGCUUCUCCUUAUUAACAGAACAACAGUAGUUGAUGUAUUGUACAUAAAUCCAACUUGAUCAUCACUUGUCCCAUUUUCUUAAUUUUUCUAUUAAUGAUUACUUAGAACACAAACAUAUAAAACCCCUUGAUCAAAUUCAAAUUCAAUAAAUAUUUAAUUAUACAACUUCAUCCCGUCUCAUCUUUCUAGCCACAUCACCGCCAAGGUCUCAUAGGUCUCACAACAUAUGGCGACCAACGUCAAGGUCGUGGGGACAGACCUUAAGCAGGUAACUGUAAAGGUCAACCCCGGCACCUACCUGACGGAUAUCUUGGAGCAGGCUUGUGAGAAGCUCAAAGUCCCCUCUAACAAGUACCUAUUAAAGUACAAGCAAAAGCAGCUGGACCUGUCGCAGACAUGGCGGACCUCGGGUCUGGUGCCUGGCGCCAAGCUCGAGCUCAUCGUACGCUCCACAACCCCUACCGUCAUCAACGUCGCCUUGCAGCUCCCGCCCCCCGAGUCGAGUCUAUUCCCACCGUCCGGCAGAAUCACAGAGAAGUUACCGAGCGACUUCACGAUAUGGCAAUCCUUACGCCAGUUCGAGAGCGGCAGGGCGAGCCAGGGGAAGAACUUGAACAUAACGGGAAGAGGCACCGCACAAACAGCGAAUGGUGCGGCUAUGGGUAGUGGCCAGUUGUACUACGAGACCCCGGUCCUCACGAUAGAGAACAGAACGUUGUCGACGUUUGCCGAUUUCCAGAAAACGCUGUCGCAACUGGGGUACAACUCAGGGGGUGUUCUAGUACGCCUCUCCUUUCAGAAGACAGACAAGACCUUGGUCGAUGCUAUGACAGAGAUGAGCCAGUUCUUCCAGACAGAAGAGGAUAGCCGGAAAAUACCAUCAUCCACUGCUGCCCCUCCGGCAGGCCAUGACGCGAGUGCCUCGGCUGAUACCCCGCCUUCGAAUACUGGCUCGAGUGAAGCAGCACUACAGGCCACUUCAGAAACACCCGAGACAGGUGCGACGACUAGCGCCGUUCAAGAGAAUGCUACGGCGCAAACAGUCUCAACAGACGCUAUGGAUAUCGAUGAGCCUAUAUCCUCCGACCAUCGCCCCGUCGCUAUAUACGCUGCGCCCGCUUCCGGUACCCCAGUAGCCGCCUUGCGAGCAGAUGCUGACGAGGCAUUCGCGCCACGCAUCGAGCACGCACAGGCCCACCAGCGGCUCCUCAAGACCGCCGGCGAGAACAAGCGCCUCCUCUCCGACAAGGAACUCGCCGAAAGGGCCGCGGCCGAACAAGCCAGGGUCGCAGCCGUCAAAACCAUCCGGAUCAAAGUGCGCUUCCCGGACAACUACUCGGCAGAGUGGCCCUUCGGCCCCGACGACACCGGCGCAACCCUCUACGCCGAGAUCCGGAAACUCAUGGCCAACGAAUCCGCCCCCUUCAAGCUCGCCCUGCCCCCCGGCAAAGUCGUCAUCAAGGACGACGACAGCAGCGGCCCCUCCAGCAAGCUCAUCGGCGGGUACCGCCUGAGCUCCAACACCCUCGUGAACUUCAUGUGGGACGACAGGGUGCCCCCCGAGGUCCGGAAGCAGCCUUUUCUGAAGAGCAGCCUCGCGGGCCAGGCCCAGAAGGUGGUUGUUCCCGAGGUGAAGGAGGUGGAAGUCGAAGAUACAGCGGCGGGUGGUGGUAACUUGCCAUCGUCGUCAUCGAUAACGUCCAAGCCGAGGAACGAAGGGGACGGUUCUGGUGGGUUCAAAAAGCCUAAGUGGCUAAAGGGAUUGAGCAAAAAGUAAACGAUGAUCCAAACCGGCGGCGAGGUUGAAUGUAUCGGACUACACUAGAAUUAUACGGAACUGGCAUGUGCCUGGCGUUUAGGUAGUAACAUAGAGUACUUAGGAAAACCUUAGUACUAUGCACCAGCAAGUAUCAAGUGUCGUAAAGCAUCAAAUCAAAUCAAAUCACCAAA